AUGAAGCUCCUAAGCGCAUUAUCGCUUCUAUCUCUCAUCCCCCAUGCGUUGUCCGUUCCCACGGGCAACAGCCAUCACCUACGCAGCUCAGUUCAAGAUGGCCAGCCACACCUGUUGAACCUCAAGCCACAACGAACCACUUCCCGAGACCUCGUCUCUCUCGACGGCUUAUGGAAUUUCGCCCUCGCGUCCGAUGACAAUUCCACUGCUCAGCCCUGGACCGGACCACUGCCCAAGGGCCUCGAAUGCCCCGUCCCAGCCUCUUACAACGACAUCUUCGUCUCCCACGAGAUCCACGACCACGUUGGCUGGGUGUACUACCAGCGCUCGGUGAUCGUGCCGCGAGGCUGGUCUGGUGAGCAGUAUCUAGUCCGCGCUGAAGCUGCCACGCAUCAUGGUCGUAUCUACGUUAAUGAUUGUCUGGUUGCGGAGCAUGUGGGCGGGUAUACGCCGUUUGAGGCGGAUAUUACGGAUCUUGUGGCUGCAGGAGAGGAGUUUCGGUUGACGAUUGCGGUGAAUAAUGAGUUAACUUACCAGACGAUUCCCCCGGGCAAGGUUCAGGUGUUGGAGAAUACCGGGAGGAAGGUGCAGGAUUAUCAGCAUGAUUUCUUUAACUAUGCUGGUCUUGCGCGGUCUGUUUGGCUUUACUCUGUUCCGAAGCAGCACAUCCAGGAUAUCACCGUUGUCACUGACGUUGAUGGUGAAACCGGCCUCAUCAACUAUGCCAUUAAGGUGUCCGGCAACGCGACAACUGGGAGCAACAUCAAAAUCUCCGUCCUUGACGAAGAAGGAAAGAGAAUCUCUGAGGCCUCCGGGCCCAAGGGCACCGUCCGCAUCGACUCCGUCAAGCUCUGGCAACCCGGCGCCGCCUACCUCUACCAAUUCCGCGCUGACCUCGUGGACUCCUCCGGCAAAGUCCUCGACACCUACAGCGUUGCCACAGGCGUCCGCACCAUCAAAGUCAGCGGGGCCCAGUUCCUCAUAAACGACAAGCCCUUCUACUUCACCGGUUUCGGAAAGCACGAAGACACCGCUGUCCGCGGCAAGGGCCACGACCAAGCAUAUAUGAUCCACGACUUCCAGCUCCUGAAUUGGAUAGGAGCCAACUCGUUCCGCACUUCGCACUACCCCUACGCCGAGGAGGUCAUGGAUUUCGCAGAUAGGCACGGUAUCGUUGUCAUCGACGAGACACCCGCCGUUGGUCUGGCAUUUUCCCUCGACGCUGGUCUUGAUGGUGGUGACGCCCCUGCGACAUUUACACCCGAUGGAAUCAACAACAAGACCCGUGAGGCGCACGCACAGGCCAUCCGCGAGCUCAUCGCGAGAGAUAAGAACCACGCCAGCGUCGUCAUGUGGUCAAUUGCCAACGAACCCGCCUCCAACGAAGACGGGGCCCGCGAGUAUUUCGAGCCCCUCGCCAAGCUAACCCGCUCGCUCGACUCAACCCGUCCCAUCACCUACGCCAACCUCGGCUCAGCCACAUACAAAGUAGACACCAUCUCCGACUUAUUCGAUGUCCUUUGUCUCAAUCGAUAUUUCGGUUGGUACUCGGAGACCGGUCAGAUCGACGAGGCAGAAGCUGAGCUUGAGAAGGAGCUCUACGGCUGGCAAGAGAAGUUCCCUGAGAAGCCCAUCGUCAUGACUGAGUACGGUGCGGAUACUAUUGCAGGCCUGCACUCUGUUCUCGAUGUUCCCUGGAGCGAGGAGUUCCAGGUGACGAUGCUCGAUAUGUAUCAUCGGGUGUUUGACAAGAUGGAGUCAGUUGUGGGUGAGCAUGUCUGGAAUUUUGCGGAUUUCCAGACUGCACUGGGGAUCACGCGGGUUGAUGGGAAUAAGAAGGGUGUGUUUACCAGGGAUCGGAAGCCAAAGACGGCGGCUCAUAGGUUGAGAGAGAGGUGGACCAAGAUGUUUGCCUAG